AUGCGAGAGUGCAAUAUUAGGAUGUGUUUCAUGCUCAUCUACGACAGGUGUGGAGAACACUGCCAAUCUUGUAAUUUAAAAUAUGGAUGUGAAAGAUGUGAUGGGGAAGACCAAAUUAAAGGGUGGGUAUCAGCUUUGCUGAGUACAAAUUAGCAAUAGUAUUCAACAUUCAAGAGAUGCUAAGGCAAGGAAAACAUAUUCAAAUCAAUCAAAUAAUUCAAAUAUAGAAUGCAAAAAAUCCAAGUCAUGCACAGAAUGCAGCCCAUCAAAUACCAAUACUUGUACGAGAAAAUUUCUCCGGCAUUAGUAAAUGACCCUAAUUGUUAUAUCUAUGAAUACGGAAACUAAUACAAUUGCGCACUUUAUCGCGAUGGAAAUACCUGCUUGAUCCCUACUGACUAUGACUACUGCAAUAUCUGUUAGUAUGGAUAUGGGAUUAAUGAUAAAAAUAGCUACAAUACUUGCCAAGAUUGCAACUAAAAUAAUGGCUAUGACGAAGAUAUUGUCAAUUGUAAGUUCAGAAGUAAUGGCUAGGAAAAUGGAAUUUUGGCUUGCAGAGAUGGGUAUGUAGAUUAAGAUAAAUGUAUCCAUAAUUGCUAAGCAGGUAAAUAUGGAGUGGCUAUUUAUAAUUUUCGAGCAAGAAUUUAAUCCUCUAAUUGUGCUGUGUGUGAUAGUAGCUGCUAUGAAUGUGGAGGACCUUCGGCUACUUAGUGUAAAUCAUGUCCAAAGGGUUACUAUUUACAACUCACUUCAAGAAGUACUUAAAUGGGCACAUGUGUGCUAAAAUAAUAAGGAUUUGCAUAAUACACAAUAUAUGUCAAUCCAGUGACAUAAUAAAAUACUAAGAGCUCUGAUUUAAUUUAAGGAACCUAAGCUGAUUCUUUCAAUUCAAUAUAGGAUGCAAUAAACUAUGCUUAUGAAAUUGGAGCGAAUAUUACCUCAGCAGAAGUUACUAUUCUUCUGAAGGACGGACUUCACGCUAUGGUUAGAUACAAGCCAGUAGAUAAAUAUAUGCCUUUAAAAUUAGACAAAUAUAGUGCAAGUACAGAAAUGAUAUUAAAGCCAGUGAGUAUUACCACACUUUCAGUGUAUUACAAAUUAAGGGACAGUUUUAGUUUUAAUGUUGGGGCUUCUUUAACUAUUCAGAACAUCAAAUUCGAUGCAAUUGAUUCCUCCGUAGAUUUAGUUUCUGACCUAAGCAGUUCUUAUUAUUGCUCAUAAAAUACUCUGAUAAAUUGUUGUUCAGUAGAUGAAUCAGGAUUGCUAUAAGGAGGCAAAUCAUGCUAUUUUGUCAGAAAGCCGUAAAAUUUUAUUCAUAACGAUUUAGAUCUGAGGAAUGCUAUGGGGCAUUUGGCGUUAAUUUCAUAAAAUUCGAUAUUCAUUAAAAUUCACUGCUCACAUCGCCACCAAAUUUAACUCUCGAAGUAUACAUCAUAUCUCUAUUUUUACUUAAUAUAGAAUGUGAUCUUUAAAAAUUUCAUCUAUGAGUACAACAGUCUCAUAGGAUUGAAUGAAUACGGAGGCCAUGUAAAGAUAAUGAACGUAACAUUUGACAAUAUGAAUUCAUGCGGGGCUAUUGUUAGAAACAAAUUUGCUUACGUGUCUCCAGAUAUUGAGAUUACAGAUUUCUAAACAGCUUACAAAUCAAGAUCAAGCACAUAACAGUCAAAAUCGUUUGCAGAGUAUUUUAGUGGAAUAACAAACUUGAAUAUCUAUGAUGGAAAUUGCUCCAGAGCAAAAGCGUCUUGGAGCGAGAAUCCAUGCUUUUCCAUAUUGAUAUAAGAUUCUAUAUUUACCAAUUUCGGUAAAAUGAAAGUGACAUCAACCUAUCCUAUUUCAGUUGAUCCUACUUAUAAACUUAAGUAUCAAGGGUUGAUAUUAGACUUUGAAGAAUUCAAUGGACCAAUUAGCUUCUUAAAUAAUUCAUUAUAGUAAAACAUCAUCAAGUAUGAUUCCUGCUUGGCUGCCUCAUACCUUAAUUAAAUGACUUAAAAUCCUUCGGAUAAAUAUUCUAUGUAUGGAGAAAAGGGUGUUUUCUAAAUAAAAUCCUGGAUAUCAAUAGUUAAUCAUGGAGAUUGGAAUAUAGAUAUAGUCAGAAACAGCUUCAGGCUCAUGUCAUCAGUCAAAGGACUCAUCUAUCUUGAUCUUGGAUCUAGGUCUUUAAAUAGCUCAGUUUUAAUUGCUUAGAACACUUUUUACCAAAAUGGAGGAUAUCUAGAUAGCACUGUAAUGCAUAUUCGGGCUAGAGGCAGUUAGAAUUAGAAUGUACUGAAUAGUCUUCCUUCAAGCACAUCAACAUUCUGCACUGGCUAUCAUUUAGAACUUAAUAGGUUUGAAAGAAAUUAUGGCUGUACUAAGUUUUCAGGGGGACCUGUUAAGUUUCAAUGCUUGAAUUGGGACACUUAAGAUUCUACAAGCAAUGGAAAUAUUGAUUACCAAGAUCUAGAUGAUAUUCAAUAAGACUUUGCUGCAAUAGAUUAUAAAAAUUUGGCUCAGAAAAUAAGAUAGGUUUAGUAUUAUGAUCAGACCUACAAAAUUGAUCUUAAUGUUAACAGAUUCAAAUCUAACUAUUUUGGCGAAAACAUGGCCACUGGAGGAAGCUCAAUUGUAACGGUGAUAGGAUCUCCUCGAACAUUCUUUGAAAAUGAAACAUACUUUGGCAACGGAGAGUCUAGCUUAGAAUCAACUUUAUUCUACGGUCAAGCCAAGUAUUUGAUUGGUUCAGAUUUGGUGGAGCCCUAUGGACUUAAUCUACAUACUAGCUAAGCAGUAGAUAUCAAAAAUUUGAUGAAAUCUGUAGUAUUUAUCUAAAGGCACGGUUAAGCAAAGAUAAUAAAUUGUACAUUUGAAUAUAACUGGAUGUAUGAGUCUUACUAUUCUACUGAAAGAACAUAGCUUAUUUAAAUUCAAGAUUUUUAUGGCCAGUUUUAUCUUGAUGGAUGGGUAGUAUUAAACUAGAUAGGUAUGAUUGAUAAUCCAUAUGGACCCUCGGAUUUCGGAGUUAAUGCCUAGCUUUUAAGUCAAAGAGAUAGUGCCAGUAUACAUCCCUUAAUAAGAUUUAUAGGCAGCCUUCGGAUAAAGUAUGUAGAUAACCUAAAGACUUCAACAUACAUGAAAAAUGUUCAAUUUUAGGAGUUUAGCAACUUUGACUCUUAAAUAUUGCCAUAUUUCAUUGUAGAUGAUAAUGAUGAGUACCUAUACCCAACUACUAUUAAUAUCAGUAAUGCUCAUUUUGAAGAUGUUGAUUGUCAUGCUUGUACCAGACCUUGGAUGAAGCUUAGAUAGGAGUAGGUAACUCUAAAAAAUAUCACAUUAAAGAAUAUCAACUCAAAUACACAGAUUUCAGGGCAUUAUCAAGAAUCUACUAUAUUUGCCUUAUAUCUUAUGAAAGAACGUUACUAGAAUUUCUUGCUUUUUAACACAAACCCUCCUGAAAAAGUAAACAUAAGUGGUAUAAAUGUCAUAAACUUUUUUGGCAAAGAUGGUGCAAGAAUAUUUGAUAUAGUUGAAAUAACUGCAAAGUAUGAUAUUGAUCCAACAUUUUAUCACAUCUUUAUCUAAGACUGCUAAAUAAGUGGAGCUUAUUCACUGGGCUCCGCUCCUGUUUUUCAUAUUAAAGGAAAUCAGAUGAGACUCUGGACAAGAAACAAUAGCUUUGAAAAUAUUACUUCUGGCUUGUUCACAACUGGAGGGUUUUAUGGAUCUGUAUUUUGGAUUUAGGGAUUUUAUUGA